CCUUCACGUAACUAUACUAUGGAUAUAGAUGCCUCAUUUUAUGAAAACGAUGAUUGGGAAUGUGAUAGCAUGGAUCAGAUGAAAAGGAAAAAAACAAACAAGGAUCACAAUGAAGAUGGUAGAAAAGGACUGAACAGUUUGAAUGGCGUGCCCAGAGGUAGAGGCCGUGGACAAGGGCUACGAUCGGUGCUCUCUCACAACACUAAUAUGAAUGGGGCACGGGCAGAAGAUUUCAGAAAAGGAUACCAGAACACUAUAAAUAGUUCUAAUGGAGCUCAAAAAGAACCAAUGCAUCAAAGGCAUGAAAAUAUCACAUCAGAUUCUGGUGAUUUCACCUCCCACACAGUUGUUCUAUGCUUUGGAGAAGCGGAAUACCGUGAAAAGAAUUUUAGUGAAGAUAGUUGUUUGCUGGAUAUUUUGGCGAUGUGUCAUAAGCUUGUUGAUAUCUAUUCUGUUGGGAUAAAAAUAACUGAUGGAAAUGGGAGGCCACUCAAAUGUGAUCAAGAUGUUGCCAAUAUGCUUAAGGAACAUCAGGGGUUGGAAAAUAUAAUCAUUAAUCUAUACAAGGAUGACACGGUUCAACCUUUAUCUUAUAAGUUGCCACAACAUAAC